GGGACCUUCCCAAGACAUGAAAUUUUACUCUCGGGAAAAUCCUCCUGGUACCAUGGGACCCAGAUCGGACAAACGGCGUUCAUCCACUUUUUCGCAACCCUCGGGGAUCACCCUUGCUUGUAGGGCCCACCGAUCGGCAGCCUGAGGCUACGAGUAGUACCUACUCAGUACCAAUCCGUCCACGAGUCGGCGACUUUUCUCUUGUCAUCCCCUGCCACAUUCCAUUAACCACUGCACCUGACUGGUUUCUUGUUGGUUGGACACCGACAGGGAUCCUGUCAUGCUUCGCCAACGCUCAAGUAUUUCAAUUUAUUAUAAAUCUACCCAGCCUCGCCCACAAUCGGUCCAUGCACUGUGUUUCUGUGGUAAAACUCCACCUUUCGAUCACAACCGUUGUGCGCUAUGGAGCCCGACCAAGCCAGCCCUCCAGAUACCCUUGAUCUUGAACGAAAUGACAAUCAGUUUUUGAUGAACAACACCGUUCAAUCCUUCACGUGGGAUAAUCUGACCGUGACGGUAAAGGAUAGACGCACAAAAGAACCUCGGAAUCUGAUCGAGGGGUGCAGCGGAACAGCCCACCAUGGGCAGCUGAUUGCGCUGAUGGGCCCCUCUGGCUGCGGGAAAACAACUCUAUUAAACGUUCUUGCGCGUCGCACAGCUUCCGCCGGUGCGAAAAAUACGGGGGAGUGCUACGUAAAUGGAGCAAAGCUGGACAAUGGCACCUUCAACCGGAUCACAUCCUACGUCGAACAGGAGGAUGCCUUGAUCGGAUCCCUGACGGUGCGGGAGACACUGAAAUUUGCCGCGGAUCUGUCUCUGCCGGGAUCGGUGACACGAUCACAAAGGGCAGAGCGUAUCCAGACCCUGCUGAGCGCAUUCGGAAUCCAGAACCAGGCCUCGACUCUGGUGGGCACGCCAAUCCGGAAGGGAAUCAGUGGAGGUCAGAAGCGACGGGUCAGCGUCGCCAGUCAGCUUAUCACAUGUCCCAAGAUCUUGUUCCUCGAUGAGCCAACAAGCGGAUUGGAUUCCACUGCUAGCUACGAGGUCAUUUCGUACGUGAAAAAGCUUGCGGUAGCAAAUAAUCUUAUCAUAAUUGCCAGUAUCCACCAGCCAUCGACAACAACCUUCCAGCUGUUUGACAAUCUCCUCCUACUUUCGGGCGGAAAGACAUGUUACUUCGGACCCAUUUCCGAGGUACCAAGCUACUUCAAUAACAUUGGAUGUCCGAUUCCCUCCAAUACAAAUCCGGCCGAGUACCUCUUGGAUGCGGUUAGUUCUGACUUCACAGUCCACGAGGACCAAGUCGGGAAGAUCCAAACCGCAUGGGCACAGUCCGCCGAGUAUGCUGCAUUGAGCAAACAACCACAGAGCGCCAACGAGAAGAACGGCAAUAUAAUGAACAUCGACGAACUAAGCCGCCCAGGUAUUCCCCGAAUUACCAUGUCUCUUCUCCAUCGGCUCUUCAUCAAAAGCUAUCGCGACGUUGUAGCCUAUGGUAUUCGGAUUGUUAUGUAUUUAGGACUGGCAAUCAUGAUGGGGACGGUAUGGCUUCGCCUCCACACCUCCCAGGAGUACAUCCAACCAUUCAUCAAUGCGAUUUUCUUCGGCUCAGCCUUCAUGAGCUUUAUGGCUGUCGCUUAUGUCCCAUCCUUCCUCGAGGACCGGGCAACCUUUACCAAGGAACGAGCAAACGGACUCUACGGCGCGCUUCCCUUCGUAAUCUCCAACUUCAUCAUCGGCCUGCCGUACCUAUUCAUCAUUUCCGUCCUCUUUUCCAUAGUCAGCUACUGGCUCUCCAACUUCCGGCCCACAGGCGCGGCAUUCUUCACCUGGGUGAUGUGGCUCUUCCUGGACCUCGUUGCCGCCGAGUCUCUAGUCGUCUUCGUAACAGCCAUCUUCCCGAAUUUUGUGAUCAGCCUGGCGCUCGUUGCAUUUGCCAACGGGCUCUGGAUGAGCGUGGGCGGGUUCCUCGUUUCGCCGACCAUCUUGAAUCCAUUCUGGAAAUAUGUUUUCCACUACAUUGAUUACCAGGCGUAUGUCUUUCAAGGAAUGAUGGUUAACGAGUUUAGCGAGAGGACAUAUUCGUGUGGCUCGGGGUGUCAAUGUAUGUAUCAGACAGACCUGGCAGAUCAGUGCAUGAUCCGAGGAACCGGGGUUCUGAAGGAAUAUGGAUAUGCCACGGGUCGUACAGGGAAGUGGGUAGGUAUUCUGAUAGGCAUUAUUGCCGUAUACCGAUUGUUUGGCUAUAUCGCCUUGGUGUUGAGGAGGACUUGAGUUGGGUCUUACCAACACGCAGACCAGGAUGAGCCAACUGCAUCGUAUGUAAUUCCGGAAGGCGUUAGUUUGCCACAUACUAGGGCACUAGAACCCAAUAAUUAGAUCAUAGCGAACCAAUACAAUAUUUGAGAAAUAUGGAGUUAAAAUCCAAGCC